CCAACCACUUGGCCGAACCAGUAUGUGCCGCCGGAGAAGCAAAAGAGAAGAAAGUAUGGAAGAAGCGGAAUCCGCCGAGAAUGGAAGCAGGCUUCAUGAGCAGCACGGCGAGAGCAGCAAGCGGAAGAAGCGGAAAAAGGAGGAGAACAUGAAGGAGAAUAAAAAGAAGAAGAAGAAGAAGCCAACGGUCAGCAUCGCCGUGCCGGGCUCCAUCAUCGACAACGCCCAGUCCCUCGAGCUCGCCACCCUCCUCGCCGGUCAGAUUGCCCGGGCCGCCACUAUUUUCCGGAUUGAUGAGGUGGUAGUAUUUGAUAAUAAAGCUGCAUCAGAUGAUGAAUCUUUAGUUACGAACGGUGAUGAGAGUGAAAUUGGUGCGCCGUUUCUUGUGAGGAUUUUGCAAUAUUUGGAGACGCCACAGUAUCUGCGACGCCGGCUCUUUCCGAUGCACAAUAGCUUGAGAUUUGUGGGUUUGCUUCCCCCACUUGAUGCUCCUCACCAUGUACGAAAACAUGAAUGGUCCCUGUACCGUGAAGGUGUUACAUUGGAAGGGAAUCAUUUAAAGGGAACGCUUGUAGAUGUUGGGUUGAGUAAGAAUGUUGUGGUUGAGCAAGCUAUCGAACCUGGACAGCGGAUAACUGUAGCUAUGGGGACUAACCGUAAUAUUGAAUCAGAUUGUUUGAAAAAAGUUGUUACACCCUCCAUCCCAAGAGAACAAAUGGGAUUGUAUUGGGGGUAUAAAGUUAGAUAUGCUUCAAAUCUGAGCUGUGUGUUCAAGAAUUGCCCAUUUAAGGGUGGAUACGAUCAUAUUAUUGGAACUUCAGAGCAUGGCCUUGUUGUUAAUUCAUCAGAGCUUAUUAUACCUCCAUUUCGGCACCUUUUGAUUUCCUUUGGUGGACUUGGAGGUUUGGAAGAGAGCAUAGAAGAAGAUGGUAAUUUGAAGGGAAAAAGUGUUCAUGAUGUAUUCAGUUCUUACUUGAACACAUGUCCUCUUCAGGGAAGCAGAACAAUAAGAACCGAGGAGGCCAUUUUUAUAUCCCUACAGUAUUUCCAAGAGCCAAUAAAGCGAGCAGCAUAAUGAGACAAAGGAAAGGUGUGCAAGUCACUCAGCUUUGGAAAAGCUUAAAUGAGAUUGUGUUCCUGUCUAUUGAAAUCUUUCAAGCAGCGUUGUUUUUGGGGAGUGACAUGAAUGGAGGAUAUCAAUUGGUUUCCAAAAUGCUUUCCUCUUAAAGCUUGUGAAUUUGUGAAUUUUUCAAUGAAAAAUGGAAGCCAUGAUUAGUGUUGGAAGGAGUACUUCAUGGAAGCAACUAGACACGGGAUGGUCAAGUGAUCAGGAUAGAAACAAGCUGAAAAUGUAGAAUUUUGUCAAAAGGCACUAUAAUUUGUUUUCCAAAUUCUUACAAAUUUGAUGAGGAUAUGGAUGUCUAGAAAUUAUAAUAACAAAUCCUCUAACCAUUGGGGCACUCCAAGAAAACACUGGUUGCAUAUUCUUUAAGGGCUUAAGGCUGUGUUUAGAAGCGGAAUAGAAGAUCGGGAAUAGUUGGAUUUGUUA